GCAUUUCCUGUCAAAACGUCAAAAAAAAAAUGGGAUGUAUACUGAUUGCAUUGGCUGGAAUUUUUUUGGCUGGCAUGAACAUUGACUAUAUUCUGCUUUGUUUAAAUAGAACCUAUUUCAGAGAAAUGCAGGACAAAUUCCCAGAACAAGGUCUCUACACUGUGAUACAAAUGGCUCCAGAUUUGUUAAAUAUCUUGGCAUCGGUCAUGCUAAUAUUUGCAAUCAUAUCGUUUUACUUCAGCAUCAUUGGGCUCGAAUUUAAUUAUAAAUGAGAGUAUUUGGCACAAUUUAACCUAUUGGAUUUACGUGCUUCU